UGUCCGUGCCCAGGUGUGACAUCGGCAGGUAGAGUGGGAAGAGGAGUUCAAGGAGCAGCUUCUCAGCCUGAGCGUAUUUAGAAAAAUAACUCUUUUAAAAUCUGUGAUAAAAAAAUGUUAGAGGUGGGAUGGAAACCUAAGCGGUCAGACCUUGAAGUGUGGGAAGAAGGUUAGUGCACAGCUUUUAUUUUUUACAGUGAGCCAGGAAUAGUUAUUGAGGUGUUUAUGCAUACAUAUAUAGAGUGGCACUAACCACCAUUCAUAGUACAUUUCCUUCCAGUCCAGAAAGUUCCCUUCUGACCCUUUCACUCAUUCCCCUCCUCCCAAUCUCUCUUCUAUCAUCACAGAAUCAUUUUAUGGCUUCAUGAAUUUCACAUAAAUAGAGUCAUACAAUAUGGUGCUCUUUUGUUUCUGGCUUCUUUUGUCAAUGUAAUGUUGUUGAGAGUAGUUUGGUUCUGUUUGUUGCUGAAGAAUAUUACCUUGUAUGAGUACACUACAAAUAGCACAAUAUAUUUUUCUAUUCUUCUGUUGAUGGACCUUUAGGAUAUUUGGUUUUGGUUAUCAUGAAGAAAGCUGUCAUGAACAUUCUAGUGUAUCUGUUUGGUGGAGUAUACCCUGUUUCUCUUGGGUGUUUUCUUAGGAGUGGAAUUGUUGUGUCAUAGGAAGGGUUUUUCUUAGCUUUAUUAGAUUUAUAUGCCCCCUCUCCACUGCCCAGCAGCUACUUUCCACUCAUGAAUUCAUUUCCUUGUUGUUAGGUCUUGAAUACUAUGGAUAGUUUGAAUAACUGGACAGUAUGCAACUUCUGCCUCUGAAAGCUUAGCAAAGGCAGCUUGGGUCAGGAAGGAAGUGGGGACAGGAUCAGAGCUGAGUGGCCCCUUGGGAUGGCCCAAAGAUACCUUCAAGCCCUUAUAGUCACUCUGGGAAUAGAAGGGCAACCUCUCCCAGCCCUGGGGCCAGAUUCAGGGACACCUUUGGCCUCUCAUCAGCUCCCUAGACUGGCGUCUCUGAGCAAGCUGGCUUAGUGUAACUGUCAAUUUGAUGUCUGGCCUCUGGUGCCACAGGUCCUCACGGUCCACUGUUUCCUGGGCUCUUUGCUGCUUUGUGGUGACUGAGGGGCUGGGUGGCCUGGGACAAAAACCCGGAGACCUACCCGGAAUAGCAGAGGUUCAUUCAAUACCAGCCUCGUGGCACUUUCUUGGGGGAAGGUGGGACUGUGUCCUGCCCACCAAAUUACCACCUCAUUUAGGCUCUGAAAGACUAACAGAAAGCAAGAGGAGAAGAGAAGGCAGAGGAAGGGAGAGUGAGGGCCAGGGAAGGGCCAGGCCAGGGAGGGAGAGUAGAGGGUCUAGUGCAGUGGGUACAAGUAUCCUGGGCUUGGUUCCAGCACCCUGAGGUCUGUACAGCAUCCUGGGGUCCAUGUGAGCAUCCUGAGGUUGAUGUGAGCUGGACCACAGCAGUGAUGCUGGGCUGUGCUGGGUUGUGCUGAUCCGGGGUUAGCAGCACCAGGGUUCCUAGGAGGCGAGUGUGGACGGUAUGCAAAGUUGUGAAUCCAGUGGCGACAGCGCGGAUGACCCUCUCAGUCGUGGCCUGCGGAGAAGGGGACAGCCUCGUGUGGUGGUGAUCGGCGCUGGCUUGGCUGGCCUGGCUGCGGCCAAAGCACUUCUGGAGCAGGGCUUUACAGAUGUCACUGUGCUUGAGGCGUCCAGCCGCAUCGGGGGCCGCGUACAGAGUGUGAAACUUGGACACGCUACCUUUGAGCUGGGAGCCACGUGGAUCCAUGGCUCCCACGGGAAUCCCAUCUAUCAUCUAGCAGAAGCCAAUGGCCUCCUGGAAGAGACAACCGAUGGAGAACGCAGUGUGGGCCGCAUCAGCCUCUACUCCAAGAAUGGCGUGGCCUGCUACCUCACCAACCGUGGCUGCAGGAUCCCCAAGGAUGUGGUUGAGGAAUUCAGUGAUUUAUACAACGAGGUCUAUAACUUGACCCAGGAGUUCUUCCGGCAUGGUAAACCAGUUAAUGCUGAGAGUCAGAACAGCGUGGGGGUGUUCACCCGAGAGGAGGUGCGCAACCGCAUCAGGGAUGACCCUGAUGAUCCAGAGGCCACCAAGCGCCUGAAACUCGCCAUGAUCCAACAGUACCUGAAGGUGGAAAGCUGUGAGAGUAGCUCGCACAGCAUGGAUGAGGUGUCCCUGAGCGCCUUUGGGGAAUGGACUGAGAUUCCUGGUGCCCACCACGUCAUCCCCUCGGGCUUCAUGCGGGUUGUGGAGCUGCUGGCUGAGGGCAUCCCAGCCCACGUCAUCCAGCUGGGGAAACCCGUCCGUUGUGUUCACUGGGACCAGGCCUCAUCCCGCCCUCGGGGCCCUGAGAUUGAGCCCCGGGAUGAGGGUGACCAUAAUCAUGAUGCCGGGGAGGGCAGUCAGGGUGGAGAGGAGCCCCGGGAGGAGAGGCAGGAUGAGGAUGAGCAGUGGCCAGUGGUGGUGGAGUGCGAGGACUGCGAGGUGAUCCCGGCAGACCAUGUGAUCGUGACCGUGUCGCUGGGCGUGCUCAAGAGGCAGCAUGCCAGCUUCUUUCGGCCAGGCCUGCCCGCCGAGAAGGUGGCUGCCAUCCACCGACUGGGCAUCGGCACCACUGACAAGAUCUUUCUAGAAUUCGAGGAGCCCUUCUGGGGCCCCGAGUGCAACAGCCUACGGUUUGUGUGGGAGGACGAGGCGGAGAGCUGCACGCUCACCUACCCGCCCGAGCUUUGGUACCGCAAGAUCUGUGGCUUUGAUGUCCUCUACCCGCCUGAGCGCUACGGCCAUGUGCUGAGUGGCUGGAUCUGUGGGGAGGAGGCCCUUGUCAUGGAGAAGUGUGAUGACGAGGCAGUGGCCGAGAUCUGCACAGAGAUGCUGCGGCAGUUCACAGGGAACCCCAAUAUCCCAAAGCCUCGGCGAAUCCUGCGCUCGGCCUGGGGCAGCAACCCCUACUUCCGGGGAUCCUAUUCAUACACACAGGUGGGCUCAAGUGGGGCAGAUGUGGAGAAGCUGGCCAAGCCCCUGCCGUACACAGAGAGCUCCAAGGCAGCGCAAGGAAGCUCCUCAAAGCAGCUGCCUGGUCACCUUUUAUCUUCCAAGUGCCCAGAACAGUCCCUGGAACCUAAUAGGGGCUCCAUAAAGCCUAUGCAGGUGCUGUUCUCAGGUGAGGCCACCCAUCGCAAGUACUAUUCCACCACCCAUGGUGCUCUGCUCUCUGGCCAGCGUGAGGCUGCCCGUCUCAUUGAGAUGUACCGAGACCUCUUCCAGUAGGGGACCUGAGUGCCUCAUUGCUGCCGAGCGUGUUCCUUAAAGAACCACUAACUCGUGACUGCCAGCCCUGCCCCUUGCUGCUGUGUACUCCUCAUUUCAGAAUCCUCUCUAGAAUGGAUUUGUGUCUUUUGUAGAGCUGACAUCUAACU